UUCUGCUUUUUUGUGUCUUUUUGUCUUUUGUUUCCACGCUGAGGUGCGUUGUGUGCGGCAAAUUGGUUGGCGGCUGUCGCGGACUCCGAGUCCGUACCCGACUCUGACUGUAGCUCUGAGCUCCAACUCCAGCUCUGGGCUCCAGCUUGGGCUUUGGCUUGUGCUUGUCGUGGAAAACACUUUCACUGCACAUGAGAAGGCAGUGACACGGUCGUCACCGUAGUCUUCGCUGUCUUCGCUGCGGAGCGCUCUUCUUGUGGGUGCUGUGGCAAUGGAAGCGCGACCGAGCCAGUUUCUCGGCCUGUUCGCUUCGCCUGCUUUGCCUUUUGCAUUUUCGUUUGAGCUGUGGGCCAGUACGGAGGUGUUUCUUCUCAGCUUUCCAUCCCAUCCCCCAAAACAUCCACUAGAGCGCUUCAGAAUUACCUGCUCCAUGUUCAGUUCAGAGCCAUGUCAGAAUACGUUAGCCGGGAUUAUCUUUGGCUGUGCACUUUGCUGCUGAUCUGCGCCCUGAUCCAGGUGGCCCUGUCCCAGCCGUAUCAGGUGCCGCAUCGCUGCUCGAAUCGUCUGGAGAGCGCCCUAGAGCAUAUGCGACGGCGCAGCAUUCAGACCAAGAGCUCCUCCGAUCGGACUCGCUCGCGGUCCAUGUGGCAGCCGCCGGCACAGAGCCCCUACCAGCUGUACCACAGCUUCUAUGGCCAGCACAGUGAUCCCGAGGAUGAUUUCUACAACGGGGGCGGCAGCUACAAUUCGGGACGUGGCUACCAUGCCAAGCUUCUGCACAGGAAUGGGCGUCCCUAUCCCUUUGCGGACUCCAGUGCUGCCCUGGAGCUGGAGGAGCUGCACCAGAAACAGCAACAGCAGCAGCAGCAGCAGCAUCAGCAGGAGCACCGACAGCCACACAAGCUGGCCAUAUCCCGGGUGGAGGUCGAGGAUCUGAAGGUGCGUGUGCCGCCCGCAAAGUCCGCCUCCCGUUGGGUGGAGAUCGACAAGUGCAAGUUCAGCACGGAGAACUCCACGCUGGACACGCGACUCAUCUUCCCGGAUCUCACCCUCAGCGGCAAGGUGGUGAUGCAGCCCAUGGGCGGACGCUGCCACAUGAUACUCCGCCUGCGUCAUGCUGGCAUCGAGUUCCGAACGGUGCCGCUGGGCUUGGACCCGGGCUCAGGCUCGUCGCCGCCCUCGUAUGAGCAGUCCAGGAGAUUGAGCGCCUCCUCCGUACGCACGGACUCGCACUUUGCGGAGCCCGGCUUCAUCUCCGUCUUUGCCCAUGGCUGCCAGGGACCGACUGGCAUCCGGCUGCGACAGAACUCGAAGCGGAGAUUCGGCUACGGGCCAGGAGCCGCUCCGCAGGUGGAGUUGGGCGAACCACAUGUCAUCAUGGGCACGACGCGACCGCAGCCACAGAGAUGGGGCAAGUACCACAAGCCGGACUAUGACAUCAGGCUGGACCACACCACGCAGCGGGACAAGAGCCUGGAGCUGGGCAGCGAUAGCCAUGGCCAGGACUCGGCGGAGUUCGUGGAUGUCAAUGCGGACAACUUCUACCGGCGGCAGUUCAACAAGCGGCGACGUCGUCGUCGGCGGUUCGCCGAAAACGGACCCACGGAAAAUUUCGUGGACCAACUGAGCUUCAACGAGGACGUGCUCCACUUCGAGGACGAGCAGCUGCAGCAGAUGGUGGAACCAGAUGCCAGAGCCUUUGCGGACAUCUUCAGUGCGAGCGGAGGAGCUGGCGGGUUUGGGGGCCUCAAUUCCAACGGGGACCGUGAGGAGCUGGUGGGUGAGGCCAUGUCCCACGAGCUGGAGAAACUCUUCUCCAUGGGAGUGCGCGGACUGCUGACCACCUACAUGCAGCGCGCCCUGCAGCCGGCCAUCAAGGAGACCCUGAUGGAGAACAUGGGCUACACCCUGAGCUAUGGCUGAGCCCCACAUGGGGCUCACUUAAGUAUUAGCCCCUUAAUUUAUUUCAGAUUGAGCAGAAAUAAAAGCUUUAAGCAGAAUAAUUGAUACAUUGGAUACCUGGC